AUGAGUAUGAGCGCGUGUACCGCUACAUGUCGAGCUAACUUCAAACUUACGGCCUUGAAGGACAUCACCAAUUACCAGGGCAUUCAAGUAGAGAGGACGAAUUUCGGCAGUUUCCUUCUGAAUCAAUCGGCAUAUAUUCGGAAGAUUGCCGAGAGCUUCGGCGUAGACAAGGCGAAGCCAUCAAAAAUUUCAAUGGACCCUGCCUGGAUAUCCGAGCGCGAGCGCUACCAAAGCCUGGUUGGCGCGUUGCUGUACGUUGCGGUAGGCACCAGACCCGAUAUUGCGAUUGCGGCGUCCAUCCUGGGGCGCAAGGUCAGUCAACCCUCUGAAGCGGACUGGAUCGAAGCGAAGAGAACCCUACGGUACCUUACAACGACGGCAGAUUUGAAGCUAGAGUUCGGUGGAACUGGCGAGCUUGAAGGAUUCGUUGAUGCAGACUGGCCCGGCGACAAGGCUGACCGUCAGUACAACUCUGGGUUCAUGUUUAAACUCGGAGACGGUGCUAUCAGCUGGGCAGCAAGGAAACAGCAGUGCGUCAGCUUGUCUUCAACGGAAGCGGAGUACGUAGCACUAUCCGAGGCUAGCCAGAAACUUCUCUGGUUGACGAAGGUGGUGCCCGACGUCGACGAGGAUGUCAUCAAACCUGUGGUGAUGCAUGAAGACAAUCCAAGCUGCAUUACCAUGCUGUCAUCUACAGGAGGAAGAAGUCGACGAGCAAAACAUAUUGACACUCGGUUCAACAAAUAG